AUGUUCCUCUGCCCCGACAAACCCUUCCAUCUCAACCGAACCGUUCUGAUCUGCAACCUGAUCUCAGGGUACUGCCUGCUGCCUCGGUGCCGCUCGUCCUCCAGGUGGCGCCGCACCUUUUCCGUCCUGCAAGAGUGCUACGAAUUGACCCUGAACGUGGCCAUCUUCGUGUUGACCUCCGGGGUCGCCUGGGUCGUCCUGACCGGCAGCAGGGACAACCAGGCCACCUUCGCCACCUUGGUGAAUUCCAUCAGGGGCGUCCUGUUCGCCACCUACAUCUGCUUUUCGUCGCUGUUCCUGAAAUUCGGCAAAAAACAACUGUUGAAGAUCUUCCGAGAAACGACCAGGGUGGCCAACCUGGACCGCUUCAAGCACCUCCAGUCGCAAUGCCUGGCCAGGUCGUCGCAGCGAACCUUCUGCGUCUACUUUCUCCUACCCUUACUGGCCGCCUACGUGUCCGUAAUUAUGAACGUGUUUCUGACUGUGAUGGUGGUUUGUGGUUACUACGAGGACAAUGUGUUCAAUUCUGUCAACGAGGGUGACCCUAAAAUCUACACUUCAAUUGAGCCGCUCAGGUACAUCCGUAUUUUGGUCUUUUUGGUUUUUUGCUACACCAAACAAGCGUCACACGACGCGAUUUUUCUGCAUCUCUACUGUUUCGUGGCCGAAGAGUUGAAGGUACUGAAGCGGUCCCUGCGUCAGGUCGUGAGGGAAAAUCAGCAGAUUCUGCAGAUAUCGACCGACCCUGCGGUUCCCAUGGCGAUCAACAUCGAGAACUGGGUCGAUUUUCAGCAAAUUCUGGCCAGGUUGAUGCGCAAGAUCAAUUCCUUUGCCUACCCGUAUGUGAUCGUCAUGGCUGGUUACAACGCGGGCAUUCUCUGCAUCACAGCAUAUUUGUUCUCAAAGCUUACAGACUCGCCCGCCUUCAAGCUCGCAGUUUUCGGCUACAUGAUGAACUCAAUAAUACGCAUUUCGCUCUUCUGCGAGGCGGGACACAGACUGCGCAAAGAGGGUCUGGCGAUCUGCGACGUGAUUUACAAGGCGCCGAUUUUGCGCUCCACGCCCAGCCUCGGACUCGCCCUGCACUCGGUCGCCCUGGACUGCCAGAGGUCGUUCGUCGCCCGCGGCGGCCCCUUUUUCACCCUCUCGGUCGAGUUUUUCACUUCGGUGGCAGGCGCUGUGCUCACCUACUUUGUUGUCUUGAUUCAAUUUAAGUGAACGAAUGAGUGGCUUUUAAUAAAGAGAGCUACAAUUAGCCCGAAUUUCCGUCCUCGAUUUUCAGAUCCAGCGCCUGUCGCUAGGCAACCUGCUGGUCGCGCCAGAGACCAACAGGUUGCAUAAUUUCCUGAGAUUAUUUGUGAGCUCUUAUGGGUAUUGUGUACCUGGCUGGAGCUCGCUAGAGAGUAUGAAAAUACCUGGAAGAGAGUGCUUCUCUUUGAUAUGUAUGCAAAUUGGAAAAUGGACCUUUCGGUAUCUGCUAUUGACGGGGGCUGUGGUUUCUAUCCAAAAUAUAUUAAUAUAUUGUUGGUUUAAAUAAGUGCUGUCAAAACCACUCAAAAUUUUAUAAAUAAAAAUGGAUCCAAACAUAAAAAGAAUAGAUGUAACUUUCAAAAAAAUUUUGUUUUAAUAAUUGAGAUUGCAGACUGGUAAAAAAUCUACAGAUUUUCUAUCUCAAUUUUAAAAAACUGGCAGACAAGCUGGUUUUUUAAAUUUCGCUCUUUUGUUGAUAUGAGUUCAGACUAUAAAAGGCGUAUGUUUGCUUGCUUGCACCAAAAAAUAAUAAGCUAAUAUAAAAAAAACGGUACUUACCUCAGAGACUUGCUGACAAAUGCCCAUAACACUCGCUGAAGUUGAACGAUGAAUUGCAAUUCUUGCUGAUGCUUAACUCUUUUUUUAGUUCAAAGUCGCUUC